AUGAAAAAGGAAGGCUCUUCAGGUUCCUUCAGACUCAGGUCCAGCCCGGGCUCGCUCUCACGUGCUGUGAGUUGGGUGAAUUUCUCCUCGCUGUCCAGGCAGACAAAGAGGCUGUUUCGCAGUGACGGGGAGCUCUCCGUGUGUGGGCAGCAGGUGGAGGCGGACGAUGAGAGCUGGAUAUACAGAGCCCAGCCCAGGAAAGCGGUCUCCAACCUCGAUGAGGAGAGCAGAUGGACGGUCCACUACACCGCGCCCUGGCACCAGCAGGAGAACGUGUUCCUUCCCACCUCGAGGCCCCCCUGCGUGGAGGACCUGCACCGCCAAGCCAAGCUCAACCUCAAAUCCGUGCUGAGGGAAUGUGAUAAGCUGCGGCGAGAUGGCUACCGGAGCUCUCAGUACUACUCCCAGGGACCCACCUUCGCCAGCUCCAGUCCACCCAGCGAUGAGUAUCAAGAUGAGGAUGAUGAAACGGAUCAGAAGGGUUCUGUCUCCUCCUCAGAAGAGGAAAGACAUAUGCCCACCAGGAGACCUAAAACGCCAACCUCAAGUGACUUCCCUGAUCUUAAUACUCAGACGAACUGGGCCAAAUCUCUUCCUUUGCCAACGCCAGAAGAGAAGAUGCGACUGCACGCCCAGACCGUCCAGGCCGAUGUGGUUCCGAUUAACAUAACCGGGGAGAAUUUCGAUCGCCAGGCCAGCCUUCGGCGGUCUCUAAUUUACACAGACACUCUGGUAAGACGACCGAAGAAAGUCAAAAGGAGAAAGACUAUUACAGGAAUCCCUGACAACAUACAGAAGGAGCUAGCCUCCGGCAGCGGCCAGGAUGGUGCUGGCAGCCCCUCGGCCUAUGCCCCCGACCACUGCUCCACGCUGGGGAGGCACGGCGGCUGCCGGCCCGUGGGGCCCCGCUCGGAGACCAGGGACUCCAGCUGCCAGACGGAGGAGGUGAAGGUCGUGCCGCCUUCCAUGCGGAGAAUCCGGGCCCAGAAGGGGCUGGGCAUCGCCGCCCAGAUGAGCCACCUGUCGGGCUCCUCGGGGAACAUGUCUGUGCUGAGCGACUCUGCGGGCGUCGUGUUCCCCUCGCGCCUCUACACGGACGCGGGUUUCCACAGUCUGCCCCGCUCCGCGGCCAGGGCCAGCCUGCAGGGCCCCGCACAAGACCUGGACGGCGCGUUGGAAAACUUAGGGCAGUUAGGAGGCGCCUCGAGGUCUGGGACGCUCUGCAGGCCCAAGUCCCAGGAGCUGAGGCGCGUGGAGGGUGAAAACAGGGCAGGCCCCGCGUGCGUGGUGUCCCCCCACGGGACCUACAGCACCAGCGUCAUCCCCAACGCCACCCUCUCCUCCUCCUCGGAGGUCAUUGCCAUUCAGACCGCUCAGGGCUUGGGGCAGCCGGACGGCAAGAGGACCGGCCUCGCGCCCCACGCGAAGGGGAAGUCCAGAGACCCCCCGCUGUCCAGGCACGCCGGCGAAGGCGAUCGCCGGUCCCCCGGGGGUCCCUGGAGCGAGGGUCCCUCCUCCAUCCUCUCGCAGGCCUUCGACCCCCACCUCCCCAGGGCAGCCGCCCUCCUGGCCCUCUGCGACUCGGCGGGCUCCCUCCGCACCCCGGCGGCGAACCAGGAGAACGGGUCCCACGCCAUGGCCUACGCCUGUCGGAGGAACCCGCACUUCCCAGCCCACCCCCAGGAUGCGGACGUCAAGAGCGAGCCUGGUUACCCCGGAGGCAGGGAGCCCUCGGACUGCAGCAGCGCCUCGGGGAGCGGGCGGGCGUCCCCCCUGAAGCCUCCGCCGGGGACCCCUGGCUGCUCCACUCCCGGGAGUAACCUGAGCAGCUGCAGCUUGGACCAUGCGUCCCACAGAGAGGGCGCCAGGUCCCUGUAUGCAGAGGACCACGACGGCUACUAUGCAUCUCUGCACCCGGAUGCUGGGCAUGGGCCUGGCCAUCCGUGCAGCAGCAGCAGCAGCAACGGCUUCGGGCACCCCCGGCACAGCGUGAUCAACGUUUUCGACGGCAGGGCUCCGAAGAACCCAGGGGACAGGUCCCAUUCUCGAAACAUCUCCUUGAAGAAGGCCAAGAAGCCGCCUCUGCCCCCGUCCCGCACGGACUCCCUGCGCAGGGUCCCCAAGAAGAACAGCAACGCCCCAGCGGCGGCAGCAGCCAACGGGCAGGUGCUCAACGAGAGCCUGAUCGCCUCCCUGCAGCACUCGCUGCAGCUGAGCCUGCGGGCCCAGGGCGGCCUGUCGCCCUCGCAGAGCCCCUGCAGCGACCUGGAGGAGCCGUGGCUGCCGCGCUCCCGCAGCCAGAGCACCGUGAGCGGCGGCAGCAGCCUGGCCUCGGCCGCCACCGCGCCCCACGGCGGCGGCUGCGCGCCCGGCGGGCUCACCCCGACCCAGAGCGACACGAGCAGCGUCAAGUCCGAGUACACGGACCCCUGGGGCUACUACAUCGACUACACGGGCCUGCAGGACGACCCUGCCAACCCCGGCGGCGGUGCAGCCGGCAGUGGGGCGCCAGCGGGGAACGGGCCGGGGCCUCACGUCCAGGAGGGGUGCAGGGCCGCGGCCCCCCACCUGCCCGGAGGCUCCGUCAAACCAAAGGUCACGUCCCCCGAGAAGCCCCACCGGGUCACCUCUCCAUCCAGCGGCUACUCCAGCCAGUCCAACACGCCCACCGCGCUCACGCCCGUGCCCGUGUUUCUGAAGCCCAUGUCGCCCGCCAACGGGAAGGGGAAGCCCAAGCCCAAGGUCCCGGAGAGGAAGUCCUCCCUGGUGUCUUCGGUCUCCAUCUCCUCGUCGUCCACGUCCCUCUCCUCCAACACGUCCACGGAGGGCGGCGGCACGGUGAGGAGGCUGGACUCGGCCCCGGCCGCCCUCCUGGCCGGCCCCUCUCUCCCCUCGCCUUCGUCUCCGUGUGCUGCGGACAAGUCUCCUUUCCUCCCUCCUCCCCCGCCCCUAGCCGAUUCCCCUGAGGGCCCCCCUCUGCCUCGGUCUCCCCUGUUCCCCCCUCCACCCCCAGAGGUUCUCUCUCCCUUUGGUUCUCCUCCUGAUUCCUGCUUUCCUCCUCCCCCCACCGCCCGGAGCCCGCUUCUGGACGCGCCUGCCCCGGUGCUGCCCCCUCCGCCCUCUUUGCCCUCCUCCGUCCCUCCUCCUGCCCCACCACUGGACCCCAAACUGAUGAAAGAGGCCAGGCCGUCCUCCUUCAAAAAGUCUAGCCAGCCAGUGUCCCCCCAGGAGGCCUCCAGACCACCGGGGAGCAAGGAGGAGGGUGGCAGGCCGCCCCUGCCCCUGAUCACCACCGAGGCCCUGCAGACGGUGCAGCUGAGGCCCGUGAGAAAGAGCCCGGGAUCCCCCGGAGCACCGCUAUCCGAACUAGCAUCUCAGGAAAGACGAACCCCGCCUGUGCCCCAGUAUCAUCUGAAGCCAUCUGCCUUCCUGAAAUCCCGAAAUAGCAUAAAUGAAAUGGAGAGUGAAAGCCAGCCUGCCUCCGUGACAAGCUCUCUCCCGACUCCUGCCAAGAGCGUGAGUCAGGGUCACCAGGACGGUGCAGCCGAGCGCGGCCGCCCGAGCCGCAGCCCGGGCAGUGCCGCGGAGGCAGAGGCCGGGCCGGGCCCCGCCGCUGCCCCGCUCCAGAGGGCCCCCGGCCCUUCUCCCAGCAAAAAGCCGCCUCCCCCCAUCUCCAAGAAGCCCAAACUGUUCCUGGUGGUGCCGCCUCCGCAGAGAGAUCUCACCGUGGAGCCAGCGGAGAACGUGCGUGGAGCGGUGCCCAGCCCCACGAGGGGAGAGGCCAGCGAGAGCGGUGCAGCCCAGGCUGGUUCUGAUGAGACCGACUCGUCCAGCAGCCCGGUGCUUGAGGGAGGAGCUGCAGGAUCCACGUCCCCCGGCAGAAGGGAAGCCGAUGUGCCCAUGGUGCAGCCCAGCGCCUCGCCAGCCCCGGAGCAGGAGGAGCCAGGCGCCGAGAACAGCGCAGACCGCGGGGGCCACGCGGAGGAGAGCUGCCCAGCUCUGCAGGACCCAGGGCCCCGGGUGCCGGAGACCGAGGCGGCUGGCUCUUCCCCAGAGGUCUUUGACUUCCUUAAGGAGGAAGGGAGCGAUGAGGUGAUGACCCCCAGCAGACCCCGGACCACAGAAGACCUCUUUGCGGCUAUUCACAGAUCCAAGAGGAAAGUCCUUGGCCGUAAAGACUCUGAGGACGAUCACGCCAGGAACCACUCUCCCUCCCCGCCAGUGACUCCCACCGGCGCCGCCCCCAGCCUGGCCUCCCCAAAGCAGGUGGGAUCGAUUCAGAGGAGCGUCCGCAAGAGCAGCACCAGCAGCGACAACUUCAAGGCUCUGCUGCUGAAAAAGGGGAGCCGGUCAGACACCAGCGCCCGCAUGUCCGCGGCCGAGAUGCUCAAGAACACAGACCCUAGGUUCCAGAGGUCGAGGUCGGAGCCUGCGCCCGACGCUCCCGACAGCCCGUCCAGCUGCUCCCCGAACAAGAGCCGAAGGGCCCAGGAGGAGUGGGCCAGGAACGAAGGCUUGAUGCCUCGGAGUCUGUCCUUUUCCGGCCCUCGGUACGGCCGCAGUCGAACCCCGCCUUCCGCGGCCAGCAGCCGGUACAGCCUGCGGAACCGCAUCCAGAGCAGCCCCAUGACCGUCAUCUCCGAAGGGGAAGGGGAGGCCACGGAGCCUGCGGACACCAGGGCUCGCCGUGUCCUGGGCGCUGCCAGGGGCUGUUCCCUGGACGGACUGGUGGGGGAUGACAUGGUUGGGGGCAGCCUGCAAUGUGGCCCUGCAGACGGGACAGCCAGUGCCCAGGGCAGGGGCCCAUUGGAACAGUGCAGGGGUCCCCUGAGGGAAGCGAGUUAG